UGACAUAUGUAUAAAAAUAGUUACAAAUCAGAAGUUUGUUCAUCGUUAUACAUGUCAAUAUAAAAUGAUGCACUUCGUGAAUUUCAGGGGUAUUUCUACAAUGAUGCUACGCGAUUUUCUUUUAUAUUUGUUAUAUACUGAGAUGCAUAACAAUACAUAAAUACAGAAUACGAAAAACAUGAUAUCAUUGAAAAUAUGUAAAUAUUUCCUUAUUCCUGAAACAAAAGUCCUAGUAAUAUUUAUGUAAAAUAUAACUUACAAAAUUUAUUUUAUUUUGUAUGUAUAUUCUUAUCAGUAUUUUCUAUGGUACUUCUGCAAUUUAUCUGUUUCUGAAGUACGUGUAUCAUUCUACUAAACCUUUAUUAGUUAGACCUUUAUAACAUCUGUACGAUGCUCGUGUCAUACAAAUUUAUGCACAUACGAAAAUCUGUGAGAAUAUUUGCGAAGCAAUGAAGUGAUUUUCCAAUUACAUAAUUUAACAUUUAUUAUGUUAAUUAAACGAAUGCUAAAACCAAAACGUAUGCUGACGCACAAAUGUUUAUCUUAUGUAUGAUUUAAGUUUAAUCAGGGUACGUAAAAGUUAGUAUAGUGCGCGUAUCCUGCUAUGCUGAGAUUACUGUUUUAAAGAAUAUCACGACCAUAACCUAAAAGAUACGAUUCAAAACGUGUAAUCACAUUUGAAAUUGUAUUUUAUUUACAAUAAAAGUAACAUGGAUACGAUUUUCGAAAUUACCGCAUCAAAUACAUAAUCUAAAAAAGUUGAUAAAGAACAAAAUAAUAGGGUUCAGCUUUUAUAAAAACAUAACCAAAUAGCAGCUUUCAAGCAAAUUGACUAUCACAACAAAUAUAUAGUCUUAACUGUAAGCUGAUUUUUAAUUCUUGUAUAUUUUUGGUGAAAUUGCAUUUAUCUAUGUAUUUGAAAGGAAUGAAAAGGAAAACAAGAAUGUGAAUAUAAAUUUUAAUUAAAUAUGUUAAAGAAGCAUGUCUGUUUGUGACAUAGCUUUAGUGCAUACUGCAUCCAAGCUUACUAUGUAUAUUAGACUCCAAUGCUUCUAGUUGCACAUACAUAUGUAAAAUAACAUAUACAAUAAUAUUGUUCUUCUUAAAUAUGAAUUACUUUUGAUCCCAUUAAAUGCAAUAUUUAAUAAUACACAUGUCAAUUGUGUCAAUAUCAUUUAGAAAAUAUAUAUGAUACAAAGCCUUUGAAAGUAUUGUCAUAAAAUUGUGGGAAUGGGCAAUUGUCUGGGUAAAGAUACUCCAGAAGAACAUGAGGCAUAUAGUAGACAUAAUCGUGCAUAUGCUCAAAAUACUGUGUUAUCAGAAUCAAGUAUAGGUACAGUUUCAUCCAGUGAUAUGACUGCUACGCCUUUCAAAUUUCCAACUUCAUUUAACAUUGAUAAGUUGGUACUAGAGACACUAGGAAUUCUUGGCUCUCUCGUUGAUAAUGAGCAAGGACCACCACCUGUAAUGUUAAAAUUACAUGCAAUUGCUGAUAAAGAAGAUGGGUGGAUACAAGUAGUCAGUUCAAUGGUUAAUGUUAUUCCUAUGCAUAACCCAUUGGGUCCUUCAGUUAUUACACUUUUAUUAGAUGAUUGUCCAUUGCCUUCAAAGGUUUCUGUUCUACUACUAUCACAUAUGUUUCAAUUAUCACAAAAACUUGGAAAUGUACAAACCAGUGCAACUCAGCAACGUAAUAUCUGUGUAGUAUUGGGUUGGAUAGCAGAAAAAUUAGCUGGUCCUACUAGCAUUGCAAUAUUAUCUGAUGCAACUUUAAAUUAUCUCAUCUCAAAUCUUAGAGAAAAUGUUGAGCCUUAUGUCGUAUUAUUUUCACUAAUAGCUUUAGAAAAGUUUGCACAAACAAGUGAAAAUAAAAUAACUAUCACGAAACGUUUAAUGGUGGAGAAAUCAAAUCCAUUAUUAGAACUGGAGAAAUGGACAACAGAAUUUCAUUAUGUACGGCGCCAAGUGAGUUUCUGUGCACAGUGGUGUCUAGAUAACUUAUUUUUAAUGGAAGGUAGAAAGUAUUCUCACGAUACAGUUGAUAUGAGCGGUAUAAAUGUUAUGUUGAACACAAGAGAUAGCGAGUACCUGAAAAUAUCACCCAAUGGUUUAGAAGCGCGAAAUGAUGCACAUACGUUUGAGAGCGUACGAUGCACAUUUCAAGUAGAUUCAGGCAUUUGGUACUAUGAAACACUUGUAAUAAGUACAGGAGUGAUGCAAAUUGGAUGGGCCACGAAAGAUAGCACAUUCUUAAAUCAUGAAGGGUAUGGUAUAGGUGAUGAUGAAUUUUCUUUGGCCUAUGAUGGUUGUCGUAGAUUGAUUUGGUAUAAUGCAAAGAGUGAGCAAUGUUACGAAAGACCAUGUUGGAGAGCUGGUGACAUUUUGGGUUGUUUAUUAGAUUUGAACAAAUUAGAGAUAAUAUUUUCUAUAAAUGGUGUACCACUCAAACCAUGUGUCCAAGUUUUCAAAACAGUGAGGUCUGGAUUUUUUGCAGCAGCUAGUUUCAUGUCAUUCCAGCAAUGUCUUUUUAAUUUUGGCAAUGUACCAUUCAAAUAUCCCCCUACCGAUCGCGAAUUUCAAAAAUUCAAUGAUUAUGCUUCUUUGAAGCCUGAGGACAAGAUUGUGCUUCCUAGACACAUAUACUUGGAUCAAUUGAGAAAACUUAGCGUUAGAGAAGAUUCGUGUACGUUGUGUUUCGACCAAAGAGCUUCAGUAAGAUUAAUGCCAUGCAAUCACAGAGGAUUUUGCGAAACGUGUUCAAAUCAGCUGGUAGAGUGUCCGAUGUGUAGGGCUACAAUCGAAGAAGUAGCUCUCGAUCUUACAUGACACCACAUAAGCAUACCAACACUUCUUAAUACUCUUCCACUACCUUUCUCACAUUAUACAAUUCUCAGGAACUGUAACGAGAUAACCACUGUUGCAACACGCCGUAUGCGUCACGUAUUGGAUAUGACUAUACUAAUAUUCUGUGCAUUUCUUUUCUUACAAUACAGUAUUUUAAAUGAAGAGAAGGACUAUAAAUCGACCUGUAUUAUUUUGAAUGUUGCUUUUAACUAUAUAAAUGUAAUAAACAAAUUAUUAUGGUAUAAAUUCAAAGCACCGAAGAAUAUCAUCUUAUCUCUAUCGGCUGUGCAAACUACUUUCCCUAGAUUUUACCUACAUACAAUUUGCAUUUAUUUAAAUAUCUAAAGUAAAUUAGUCAAAUAAAAUUUGAAUAUUAUUUUUACACUGUAGAUACUGAAAGAAACAAUAUUUGCAAUUUACAAUGAAAUUGCCACCAAUGUAUGUUGUACAUUUCCAAUUUAAUGUUUGUGACUGGUUCACAAAUAUGUAGAAACUAUUUUGUCCACAAACUUAAAGUUCUUCUCUCUUAAAUUAUGAAAGUCUGCAUUAUUAUUACAAAGUAAGUUUUACUUUAGAAAACUGUAAUAUAUUGAUAUCUUGUAGUAUAUAUUGAAAAAUAUCAUAUAAAUAUAUAUGAGCUCAUAUUAUUUUUUUGUGAAGACAUGAAAUGUUAUCGUAUGUAUAACUUUGCAAAACUUUUUUACGAA